AUGCGUAUCGGCUGUGAGAAGCUCAGUUUGCUCCUGCUGCUCAUAUGCGUGUUGGUUUCUGCGAUGAAGACGUCAGGCCCGAGCUCCAAACAACGUCAGCGGGACGCUCCGCAUGAGCAGGCUGAGCAGGUCAGCAAAAAGCCAAAAAACACAUUCCCCAAAGGCGGUCUGAGGGCUACACAGGAGUGCCAUCACGUCAAAAUCACCUACCGCAGUAUAGUCAACAAUGACGAAGCUAAAUUUGUGUAUAAGCAAAAAUUGGAACACAGGGUUCAGCAAAGAAUCGGGAUACCACUUGGCCCUUUUGACAACCCUCCACCGCCACCGCCGCUUGUGAUGGACUGGACCUUAUGCAACGAAACCUGCACAAUCAAGAUUCGACAAUUUGGACGAACUCUCAGGAGCUGGGUAUCAGGGGCUGGAGAAGGUCUUGCUCGGCAUUGUUGGAAUAGUGGACAACUGGCUUUGUCCCACAGAGAAAUCACUCUGGUCGAUUGCGGACCUGGAUGCGACCAGCCAAUUCCACCUUUGUGUCAAUGCGCAUUUGCUCUUGAGGUCUAUUCCAAAUAUAAGAAGUCCACAAAGGAAAUCGGGUUGGAAAUGGACCCAAGCGAGAGACCUUCAUGGUGGAAACCAUCCCCGAGUCCUCUGGCCAUUUGCGACUUAUUUCAUUUUUCGUUGGAAAUCAUCCGAAGUGUUGUAAUCAACCAAGGCUGGUUCGUAUGGGAUGGCGAAGAAGUCGAGAGCUCAGUACCAUGUCGGAAGUCAAAAGGGCCCCCAAGCAACUUGGUCGUCCCCCCCGAAACGUGGUGUCGUUGCAACAACGUCAAGCAUAACGAGCAGCGACAGGAUUGCGAUCAUUGGAAUGUAGAAUGUUGGAGGGAAGACCUCCAAGGAAGAGUGGUGCCGGUUUCUCCAGCGGAAGUCAUCUCUGCUGCUGCAAUCGCAAAUGACGAAUUUGAUCUUGAGUCUUGGCAGAGGGUGUUGCCAGGUUUGAACCUUAAUGAACGUGUCGAGCGUUAG